AUGAUCUGCGGCUCCGAGGGUAGUACGGUGGACAACGGAGUCGAGGUCGUAGCGGCAACAACAACAGCAGCAGCAACAACAACAGCAACGUCAACAGCCAAUGAAACGAACAACAGCAACAACAACAACACCGGUAGUAGUAGUAACAGUAGACAACAGAACACCGUCAUAAGUGGCAAUGAGGUAUUAAGUGUCAGCACCGCCGAUUUAGCACAAAUGGUUAGUGGUGGUCAUGGUGGCAAUGUACAAAUAAGAUCAGCACAACCUUUGACCCGAGCCACUAGACGCAUGCUAAGAGGUCAUACAACGCACAAUGCAGCAGGGGAAAGAGUUUUAUUGAUUAACUACAUUUCACCCAAUUCCUCUAAUAAUAAUACACAAGUGCAAACCACAAAUGCUACCAUUAUACAACCCAAUAAUACGAACAACAACAACAAUACAACCACCACCAGAAGGGUUAUACAAACUAGAGGAGGCAUACAUCAUGCCAGCAGUAGUAAUAAUACGCAUACGUCUAAUACCUCUAGUACAACAACUACUACAGCUACACCAGUUUCUUUGGCCGGACUCGGCUCUGAAGUUACAGUCACACUGAAACGAUCAAAUAAAACAUCUCAUAACGCAGGUCAUAUUAUAAGGCAACAUCAGCAACAGCAGCAACAUCAAACAACUACCCACUCAAAUACUAUACAGGCAACCACCAGCAGCUCUAACAUACAUCAGCAUUCACAAUCUCCGCCACCUUUAGUGUUUACUACACACGCGGCUCAGGAGUUGGAACAUCAUGAGCUGCAGGAAGUCGAAGAAAUUGAGGAACAAACGGAGCAUCAACAACAAUUACAGCAAAGUCAACAGCAUCAUCAACAACAGCAGCAGCAUCAAGUUAUUAUACAUCAUCAUGGUGGAGGCAGUCAGGGCGAACAACAACAGGAAAUACAAUAUCAUCAUCAAACCCAACAACAACAACAGCAUCAUCAUCAAACUACAGUUCCCCAUCUCAUGUCCAUACAGACCCAAACUCAAGCCACUUCAGCCGAUAUGGAUGAUGAUGAACUAUUGGAAUACAGUACCAGUAAUGUAGAUCAAGUAGUAGAGGCUGCCAUGGCUGUGGAGGAUGCUGAAGAUGUGGAAGAAGUAGUAGAGACACAUCAUAUACAACAAUUGCAUACAGUUCAAUUACAAAGCCAUCAACAGACCGAAUGUCUGGAAGAUGAUGAGGGUGAAGUCGAGGAGGUAUAUUUGCAAUAA